GCAGGUUUCAUUGAAUUGCUUUCGCAAACCAUGUUCACCAACGUGUUGACAAGUUAAAUGUUGCUAUGUCUAUGCAAAGACUGCAUGGCACCACGCCUCCAUCACUUGCAACCCAUGCUGGUGAGCCGGAAUCCAAGAUGGAGUUAACCAAAAGCCAUUCUGAAAGAUCGGAUGAUGGAAAUACAGCAAAAGUGGACGGGCCUGUCCGGGUGUUGUUCCUUGGUUCUGCUAAAGUUGGUAAAACCUCUAUUAUUCGGCGCUUUUUGUACAAUGCAUUCGAUCCGAACUACACGCCAACGGUUGAAGACACACAUUCGCAAAAAUACAUCGUACAUGACAAUGUUGUGCCGUUGCUGGUAAUCGACACCGCUGGUAGUUACUAUUUUCCUGCUAUGUUAAGACUUUGUAUCGCUCAAGCCAAUGCCUUUGUUAUUGUAUUUUCACAUGACAACGCCGCUUCUCUCGAACAAGCUGGUCACCUGUUGAAUCUGAUCAAAUCACAGAGAUUGGAUAACAAUUCGAUUCCAUCUAUGACAGCCUGCAGCGCACAUGAACCGAAUGAUGAGGUUCACACACCCCCACCCAUCACUGUUGUAUGCAACAAAUCUGACUUGCCGCCAAGCGAUUCACAGGUCAGCGUGAGUGCCACCAUGGACUGGCUAACGUCGAAUGGAUUAAAACCAUCGCAAUUCGUCUACGCCAGUGCAAAAACCAACGACUCAAUCAUGGCCAUCUUUAAAUCUCUGUGGGAUCAAAAUGAAUUGAGCAAAGCUGUGUUGUUUGAACGAUGGAGCGGUACACAUCCUACCAGUUCUUCCUCCACUCACGCACAAACUCCACCUCCGACACCCAACAUCACUGAUUUUUCAGCUAUUAGUGAGCCCAUGACACAAGGUCAUAGUGUAAAUCACGCAGACACCACAAAAAUAAGUAGUGAGAUGUUGGCGCACAAAGUGAAAUCCAGCAUUAUCCGAAAUAGCGUUCGCCUACGAAGAAGAUUAAGUUCCAAGUCGAGCAAGGCCAAACCUGACGGCAUGCAACUUGAGUGCGUGAUCUCUUGAAAAAUGAUUUUCGACCGUCCUUUUGUAUGUAUUUUUGUAUAUUUGUCCUCGUGCGAAUAUUUUCGGUAUCCGUAUUUUAAAAUGCGUGAAUGUCCUACAUAUACAUGU